GAGCCGAUAUCAACAAUCUGAGCCGCAGCAGCAUUGCCGUCUUCCAGGCGCAUAUCAGCCAUAUCAGCACCGACGAGGAAGUGAUGCAAAUUCUGCAAAGCGCCUCGAUCUGCAAGCAAUGCUGCAUGGGCGGGCCGGGCACGGUGGUCUAACGCUCGACAUCGUGACAGGCCUGGUUCACAUGAUUGAAAAAAUGUCCUUCGUCUUAUUCGUUGUGCAUCUGCUUUCUGUAAGUACACAGUAAUCUUCCCUAGAUUCUCUACAGCGUUGCGACCACCUCACCUGAGCGUCCACUAGCUCUUCUUGUGCCCAAAACCUGCGAACACCAAUGGCAACAGCGUGGUGAAGGGACAAUAGGUUGAGGCUUCUUACGCAAUGCCGUCUCGGAGGGAACAAUUACCAGCAAGCUGGACAACAUAUGAGAAUGGUGGGAGACAAGACUCUCAUGACUCGUCCCUCAGCCACAAUCGCGUCACCUUUGACGAAGAGAGUCAACAACACCACGACCACGGCGACCGAAGCAACAGCCACCAUGACACUUAUAACGGCGCUCAUGGACAGCAAGAUAUGCGACAUCGUCGUUCGUCGAUGGCUUUGCGAGUGACAGCGCUGCGGCACGCCGGAGGCGUCAACAGUAUAGAUAACUUCGCGCGAAGUUGGCAGCGUGCGGCCGGCUUCUACGAGGUGACACCCGUGCGGCCCAGCUUUCGCUACUCCGAGGAAGAAGGUGAGCCGGAUGAUGAACAGGAGGAUGUGAGCUCAACGCCAAAGGCACAUCGGUCCCUACUUCGCGCGGCUCUCGAAGAGCAAGGUCGAGACGAGACGUCAGAUGUAUUCGUGGAUGAGGCGGAUGAUGAGACUACGCCAACCGCCUCUCCUCGUCCACAUCAAGCUUCAACUAACGAGCAGCAACCUCUCUUACGAGACAGGCCAUCACAGCUACGCGACGACAACAUCUUCUCGAUCGAACCUUCUCUGGGAUCGCCAUUUGGUGGCAGCUAUGGCACCACCUGGGGCUCGCUAUCAGCGCGGGUCAACGAACCAUCCAUGCGGCAUGCAGGCCGCCUAUUCCGAGAGCAGCAGAUGAAAGGCGCAACCGAACCGGACAAGGAGCGAGAACCUCUGCUCGUCCGCCAAGUGCAGGAGGGUGAUGGCAAGGUCGUCAAUGUCGUCGUCGGUCAAUCAACGCUUCCUCAGACGAUCUUCAACUCGGUCAAUGUGCUGAUUGGCGUCGGCCUGCUGGCCCUACCGCUGGCCAUGAAACUGAGCGGAUGGAUACCAGGCCUUAUCUUCUUCGCGUUUGCCGGUAUUAGCACAUCGUAUACCGCCAAGCUGCUGGCCAAAUGCGCCGAUGUCGACUCUAGCCUGAUAACCUUCGCGGACUUGGCAUACGUGUCUUUCGGUCCGUGGGCGCGUGUCGGCACCUCGCUACUCUUCUGCGUGGAGCUUAUCGCGGCAAACGUUGCGCUCGUCGUGCUGUUUGCCGACUCACUUGACGCGCUAAUACCCGGCUGGGGCACCACUGAGUGGAAGAUUGUCUGCGGGAUCAUACUAAUACCACUUGUCUUUGUUCCGUUGCGCUUGCUCUCCUUUACCAGCAUACUCGGCAUACUCUCGUGUUUCGGCAUCGUGCUUGCAGUUUUCGUGGACGGGCUCAUUAAGCCUACAGCUCCGGGCAGUCUGCGGCAGCCGGCGCAGACACACCUCUUCCCAGCUAACUGGAUGACACUGCCUAUUGCCCUCGGCAUCAUGAUGUCGCCGUGGGGUGGGCAUUCGGUGUUUCCGAACAUCUAUCGCGACAUGCGCCAUCCGUACAAAUACCGCAGAGGAGUCAACGUUACCUACGCGUUCACCUUCACCCUCGACCUAUUCAUGGCCGUCGUCGGCCUGAUAAUGUACGGCGACACCGUGAAAGACGAGAUCACCCGCAACGUGCUUACCACCGACGGCUACCCGACCUGGAUCGGCGUCUUCGUCGUCGUCUGCGUGGCUAUCAUCCCACUAACAAAAGUCCCACUCAACGCUCGACCCAUCAUCAGCACCCUGGAGCUCUUCCUCGGCCUGGACGCUCGCGCUCUUGCUGAGAGCCAAACGCUGACCGGUCUGUCUGGCUACACUCGCGGUAUACUGAAGAUCAGCGUACGUGUGCUUUGCAUCGUGGUGUUUGUCAUUCUGGCAGUUCUAGUACCGGAGUUCGACACGAUCAUGUCGCUACUGGGAGCUGUGGCGUGUUUCACCAUUUGCAUCAUCUUGCCCUGCGCGUUUCACCUUAAGCUAUUUGGCACGGAGUUGACGAGGCGGCAUAAAGCUCUGGAUUGGAGUUUGAUCGUUGUUAGCUCUAUCCUGGCCGUGGUAUGUACGGCGUUCAACUUUGUGCCGAGGAGCGAGAUGGGUCUGUGAAGAAAUUAGUCCUGAGAUUGCAUAGCGAAGCGUAUCUUAGCGUGUUUUCACUCGCACCGGUAUGAAACGUGCCUGCAGCUUUUCGGUUCCCGU